AUGGGUUCUUGCGUGUCGUCGACGAGGCAUCGGCGGCGGUCGAGGAAACUGUCGGUCGCGGCGAGGAAGUUCCGGCGGAAGGUGUCCUCGGCGAUCGCCGACGCUCCCAUCAUCCGCGGCCGGCACGGGGUCGUCUACGUGGAGGCGCCGGACUCCAACGUCACCCUGCACCUCACCAACCUGCAGUGGCAGCACAGCCAGAUGGACGCCGGGAGCGUGAUUUGCGAAGAAGCAUGGUACGAUUCUGUCAGCAUCCUGGAGUCACCGGACUCCGACGACGAUCUCGACAACGAUUUCGCUAGCGUCAGCGGAGAUCCUCUCCCUGACGUCACCGGCGGCUCAAAUGCACCGCAGGCGCCACAGUGCAAGGAUGCAGCGUGCUUCUUGGACACCAUGCAGCUCCUCAGGAGCAUUGCAAAUGCAGAAGCUUGUGAUCAAAGUGAACAACCCGACAAGAGUGAUGACUCGAAUGUUGCUGCCACUGCAACUAAUAGUGGUAGCUGCAAUGAUGAGGACUGCUGCAGUAGCACACUGAAGGAACUUCAGGCUGCAAUGUCUCCGCGGCCGCCGUUCCCGGCGUCGAUUCCGAGCAACAAGGUCCAGCCGAUGCCGAUCGUUGGUGUCAGCCCGCACCAUCAGCAGCAGAAGAAGAAAACAGCCGUGGUCAGGCUCUCGUUCAGGAGAAGGUCAUAUGAGGGCGACGAGAUGACCGAAAUGAGUGGUUCUGCAAAUUACUUGUACCGCCCAAGGGCAGGUUUCACGGUGCCGUGUUCGACCGGCGAGAAACUGUCAGAAGGUUGCUGGUCGGUUCUUGAGCCAUCGACGUUCAGAGUCCGAGGGGAGAGCUUCUUCAAAGACAAGAGGAAGUACCCAGCUCCAGACUGCUCCCCUUACACCCCUAUUGGAGCAGACAUGUUCGCCUACACAAGGAAGAUUCAUCACAUUGCACAGCACCUCUCGCUUCCGUCUCUGAAGACACAUGAGACAUUUCCUACUCUCCUCAUUGUCAACAUUCAGUUACCCACCUAUCCUGCUACAGUGUUUGGCGAUAACGACGGUGAUGGGAUAAGCCUAGUUCUGUAUUUCAAGUUAUCUGACAGCUUUGACAAGGAGAUUUCUCCUCAAUUGCAGGAUAGCAUCAAGAGGCUUAUGAAUGAGGAAACCGAAAAGGUGAAGGGAUUCCCAGUAGACAGCAUUGUGCCAUACACAGAGAGGCUGAAGAUCCUGGCUGGUUUGGCAAACCCUGAAGACCUGCAGCUGAGCACGGCAGAGAGGAAGCUUGUGCAGACCUACAAUCAAAAGCCUGUUCUAUCUCGCCCACAACACAAAUUCUACAAGGGUCCAAAUUACUUUGAGAUCGAUCUCGAUGUCCAUCGGUUCAGCUUCAUAUCGCGGAAAGGGCUCGAGACCUUCCGGGAGCGGCUCAAGCAUGGCGUUCUUGAUCUUGGUCUAACUAUUCAGGCACAAAAGGCUGAGGAGUUGCCAGAGCAUGUCUUGUGCUGCAUGAGGCUGAACAAGAUCGACUUCGCCGACAACGGGCAGAUACCGACGCUGAUAACUGCAGCUGAUGAGUAA